CGUCAUUGAAGAGCGACUCCUGAGAUGAGGAUCCGGACUCUGUUUCGGCGAUGGACUUCACAGAGUGCUACAGAGACACCGUCUCCAGUGUUGCUGCUGCGGCUCGCUCAGGCUGCAGGAAGCGGCUCAGGAGGCUGAUCAAAAGAGGCUUCAGCGUCGACUGUCGAGACAACCGUGGCUGGAACGCCCUGCACGAGGCGGCGGCCGCUGGCAGCAAGGAGUGCGUGCAGGAGAUUUUGUCUGCUGCGGGCGCAGGCUCCUCCCGGGGCUGUGGUGCCUACGUGAACUCUCUGACACACGAGGGGGAAUCUGCGUGUUACCUGGCGGCGCAGCAUGGACACCUGGCUGUCGUCCGACUCCUCUUGAAAGCAAACGCCAACAUCAACCAGCUCACAAACGACCUGUCCUGUCCUCUGUACGCAGCGGUAGACGGCGGGUACCAGGACGUGGUGGAUCUGCUGGUCAGAAAAGGUGCGGAGGCCAACAGGACACACACGGCGUCCUGCUGGACCUGUCUUCAUCAGGCCGUUUAUAAGGGUCACAGUGAAAUUGUGCGCAUACUGGUCAACGUGUGCAACCUGGAGGCGCUGGAUGACCACAAGAUCUCCCCUCUGUUUGUGGCGGCUCAGUACGGACAGCAGGACUGCCUGGAAAUCCUCGUCAGUGCUGGAGCGAACGUGAACACCCAGGCGGCGGAUCUGGCCACGCCGCUGCUGAUCGCCUCCCAGGAGGGCCACCGGGCGUGCGUGGAUUUCCUGUUGGAUCACGGAGCGGAUCCCAACACAGCCUGCAGUCACGACUGGCCCCAGCUGCCCAUCAUCCACGCCGCCGCCGAGUUUGGCCACAUCGGGAUCCUGAGGCGGCUGAUCGCCGUCACGGAUCGCGUGUGUGACCGCGGUGACGGCAUGGUGAGCCCGCUGUACGUGGCCGUGCACAGCCACCAGAGCCAGAGCGUGGAUCUGCUCCUGAGGGAGGGUUACAGCCCGGACGCCCAGGACUGCACCCACAUCCUGGGCAUCCGCUCCCCGCUGUCCUUCGCCCUGUGCUGCACGUCCAAUAAAACACACAGUGAAUCUGUGAGGCUGCUGGUUGCUGCAGGAGCGAGUCUGAGCGAGGAGGACUGGAUUUACGCUUUGGCCACCGACAAAACGGACCUGCUGAAGCUGAUCCUGGAGCACCGGUGGAUCCCUCGACCCGACGCUCUGACCCGGGGCUGCUCUGUGUCACGUCAUCGUGGGAAAAGUGUGUUGACGCUGCAGGAAGUGAGGGAGCUGCUCUGCGUGGCUCUAAACCAAGUCCACUUUGCAGCCUGCUGGCUUCCUCUGCUGCUGCAGGCCGGACUGGAACCUCCUCUGCUGCUGCAGCCUCACAUGUUGCUUCCAGCAGGUUGGAGCAGGGACAGUGAAGUGUUAAAUUACCUGCUGGAGUUUGUAAACUGGUCGACUUUGUCUCCGUCGCUGAAACUCGUCCUGGAUCGAAGACGAGCAGAGAAAACCUGGGAACCACAUUUUGACUCCGUCCCCCGUCUGUCUCACAUCUGUCGGCUGCAGGUUCGGUCCGCGCUGGGCCCAGAUCGCCUGAUGAGGACUGAUGUGGUCCAGCAGCUCCCGGUGCCGUCCCCGCUCCACGACUUCCUCCGGUUCAGAGACAUCCCAGCAGCCUCCUACACACACUCACCGCCGUCUCCGCUUUCUGACCGAAUACAGAGAUACCGCAACACGCACCAGCACAGACACGUCCUCUGACCCAGAGCCACGAAGCCGAAUCUUUGCUGUGAGGAUUUGAUGCCUGUUUUGUUUGUUCAUGAGAAUAAAGUGGAAAGAUUUUGGA